GGCGCGCCGGGCGCUAGGCGGCGCCCGGCGAGGAUCCGACUGCCGUAGUUAGCUCGCCGGGUCACCUGCAGCCGGCGCCCGGCCGCCCGUUUCCGGUACGGACCAGCCUGCUCGCCCCGGGAUCCCAUCAGAACAGCGCCAUGGGCCAUCCCCCUCUGGAAUUCAGCGACUGCUACCUGGACAGCCCCAAUUUCCGCGAGAGGCUCAAGUGUUACGAGCAGGAGCUGGAGAGGACCAAUAAAUUCAUCAAAGACGUCAUCAAGGACGGCAACGCGCUGAUCAGCGCGAUGAGAAAUUAUUCCACAGCUGUUCAGAAGUUUUCCCAGACGCUGCAGUCCUUUCAGUUCGACUUCAUCGGAGACACGCUGACUGAUGACGAGAUUAACAUUGCUGAAUCCUUCAAGGAAUUUGCUGAAUUGCUCAACGAAGUGGAAAAUGAGAGGAUGAUGAUGGUUCACAAUGCUAGUGAUUUGCUGAUCAAACCCCUGGAAAAUUUCCGGAAGGAGCAAAUAGGCUUCACUAAGGAGCGGAAAAAGAAAUUCGAAAAGGAUGGCGAGAGGUUUUAUUCUUUGCUGGAUCGGCAUUUACAUCUGUCUUCCAAAAAGAAAGAAUCUCAGUUACAGGAGGCAGACCUGCAGGUGGACAAGGAGAGGCACAACUUUUUCGAGUCGUCCCUCGAUUAUGUUUAUCAAAUCCAGGAAGUUCAGGAGUCUAAGAAGUUCAAUAUUGUAGAGCCGGUCUUGGCCUUUCUUCACAGCCUCUUCAUUUCCAACAGCUUGACUGUGGAGCUCACACAGGAUUUCCUCCCAUACAAACAACAGCUCCAGCUCAGCUUGCAGAAUACAAGGAAUCACUUCUCCAGCACUCGAGAAGAGAUGGAAGAACUUAAGGAAAGGAUGAAAGAGGCUCCCCAGACGUGCAAACUCCCAGGGCAGCCCACCAUUGAAGGCUAUCUCUAUACGCAAGAGAAAUGGGCUUUGGGAAUAUCCUGGGUGAAAUACUACUGCCAGUACGAGAAAGAGACCAGAACUCUCACCAUGACGCCUAUGGAGCAGAAGCCAGGGGCUAAGCAGGGGACCAUGGACUUAACCCUGAAGUACUGCGUGAGAAGGAAGACGGAGUCCAUUGACAAGAGGUUCUGUUUUGAUAUAGAAACUAAUGAAAGACCUGGAACCAUCACUCUGCAGGCCCUUUCGGAAGCUAACAGAAGGCUGUGGAUGGAGGCAAUGGACGGGAAAGAGCCGAUUUACCACAGCCCCAUAACAAAACAGGAAGAAAUGGAGCUGAAUGAGAUGGGGUUCAAGUUCGUUAGAAAGUGCAUCAAUGUCAUUGAGACCAAAGGGAUCAAGACGGAGGGAUUGUACCGUACCGUGGGCAGCAAUAUUCAGGUUCAGAAGCUGCUGAAUACCUUUUUUGAUCCUAAAUGCCCAGGAGAUGUUGAUUUUCUUGAUAAUGAUUGGGACAUUAAGACAAUCACCAGCUCAUUGAAAUUCUACCUCAGGAAUCUUUCUGAACCGGUCAUGACUUACAGACUCCACAAGGAGCUGGUCUCUGCUGCCAAGUCCGACAGCCUGGAUUACCGGCUGGGGGCGAUUCACUCCCUGGUGUAUAAGCUACCGGAAAAGAACCGAGAGAUGCUGGAGCUCAUUAUAAGACACCUGGUCAAUGUGUGUGAGCACAGCAAAGAGAAUCUUAUGACCCCCUCCAACAUGGGCGUGAUAUUUGGUCCUACACUGAUGAGAGCUCAGGAGGACACUGUAGCUGCCAUGAUGAACAUCAAAUUCCAGAACAUUGUGGUAGAAAUCCUAAUCGAGCACUAUUUCAAGAUCUAUUCAGGUCCUCCUGAAGAAAGUGCCGCGCCCCCGGUGCCUCCACCUCGAGUGACAGCCAGGAGACACAAACCAAUCACGAUUUCCAAGCGCUUGCUGCGGGAAAGGACAGUCUUCUACGCUUCUUCCGCGGGGGACGGUAAAGAUGACAUCCAAGAGCAAACACCCAAUGGUACUAUUGCCAGCGGUAUCGAACCCCCCAAACUGCCGCAGUACCCCAAACUGCCUAUUCAGAAGAGUGGGGACAGUGAUCCUUGGGGGAAGUCCCUAAGCAAGCCUGUUUCAGAUGGCAAGUUGGAGCCCUUCCCUGACGUGGACAUGGGGAAGUUGGUGAUUAAGCUGCAGGAUGGACCGACCAGGAUCGUGGCGAAGGCCACCAAUGGACCUGUGCCGGGCUCUGUGCCCGCCAGGGCCCCCUCUUUCUACGUAAAGAGACCAGCUCCACGGCCCUUGGCUUCCCACAAGGAGGGGGACCUGGAAAGUUUCAACAAGGUGCGUCCUCCGGGUGAAAAGCCAACCAUCAUCCGUCCCCCAGUGAGGCCUCCAGACCCUCCCUGCCGGGGCGCUACUGCCCAGAAGGCAGAGCCGAAGUCAGACGUCGCAGCUGGCGGCGCGGGGGAGAUCCCAUCAUCCGUUUCUCAAGGCAGACUUCCUGGAGAUGAAUGUUGAGGCCUCAGGUUUUUUAAAGCCUUGGCCUCGGGAGACCCUUUCGAGGCUCCGGAGGGGUCUUCUUCCAACCCUUGUGUGCCGAGUCAUUUUUGCCGAAGAGCAGCUAUUUCCUGGUCCUGCACCUCCUGGCUCUGGGUUCUAGAACAGGUUUAUGUCUCCUCUGCAUUCUAUCUUCAUUCCUUCGGAAGUUCUUUCCUGAGUCCCCGUUAGACUGUGAAUGGCCGAUCUUCCUCAAGCCAGACUGCGGAAAUCCAGCUGUCCAUCGACCUGGGACGAAGAGCCAGGCCCCGUGUUCAUGUCUCCUCUGAAUGUCCUGCCUCCUCGAAAGGACAUCGAACUCCAGAAGACCGGAGGCCGUGCUAAAAGCUGCUUGAGCUGGGGCCAUCGCUUGCUUCGGAAGUGGGGGAGUAGGAAUGUUUGCAAGCGUUGGAGAAUGCUAACAUGUCUCUUGCUGAGGAUAUGGACCUGGGUGCCAGGGUGGAGGCCUGGUGCUGCCGUGUGUCACCAAGAACCUGUCGGCUUUUGGGGGGCCAGACAGCACGGGUGAUGUCCCGUCAGCCCCUCUGUGUGGACUCAGGAAGGCGGACUUCCUGCUCUUGCGUACAGCUGCUUAGGACAAAUCUGCAAGCAUGUUUUUUUUUUUUUUGCAUGUCAAAUCUUAGUUCUGUUUGAAUUGUUCUUCCGCCUGUUUUCUCUUGACAGCUUCCUUUCCAAACAAUCAAGAAAGACAUAAAAGCUGAAAGUGAUUCUUUUUAAAAGGGGGACUCUCUCUCUCCUGCAGGGGUUCUAUUUCGGGGUCUAAUGCUGGAAAGUAAAAGUUAAGAUGGUUUGGGGUUAGGCAGCUGUCACUGUCGCUUAAUGUUUGCCUUCUGCAGAUAAGCUCUUUAAUCUCCUGAAACAAUCCCUAACGCACCGCCCAUGGAUUCGGGAGAGUUCACGAAGCCUCUGAAAUGGUAUGCAGAUUCUACGACGAUGUGCCUUUUCUGGGGAGGUGUUCAUGAUAUUCUACUGAAUUUCAAAUGGGCCUGUGACCCAAUAAAGGUUAAGAACCACA